UCCCCGCACCUUGUCACCCCGCACCUUGUCACCCUUCACCCGCACUGUGUCCGCUCACAGCCCCGCACCCCCGUCCCCUCUCCCUCUCCCCGUACCGCAGCGCCCCGUCCCUGGGAGCCGCCCGCACCGCGGGGCCGAGCAGCAGCAGCAGCAGCAGCGUCGGUGACGGCGGUGCCGCCCUCGGGGCUCCCAUCCCCACGCGUGGAACGUCCAGCCGUGCCCACUCGGGGAUGUUUUCCAGGCCCCGGCCGCCCCACGUCACGCACACGCGGCGGUGUCUCCCCCCCCCCGCCCCGCCCCGGGCCACGUCGCCGGCCCCGCCUCGCCGCGCCCGGAGACUUCACUUGCACCGGCAGCGCAAGGGUUAACCGGCUCUGCCCGGCACCAAGAUGGCCGCCGCCGUCACCGCCCGGUUGCGGGCGUGUUCACGUCGGGGGGCGCGUCCUGUCGCUCCCGGUACCGGCUGCGAUGAGCGCGGAGGUUCCUCGUGGCGCAGCGCUGCUCCCGGUGCCGCUGUUGGUGCUGCUGUUGGCCGCCGCUCUGCUCGGUUGCCUGUGGGCGCGCUCCCCGCGCCGCUCCCCGCAGCCGCCGCUUCUGGCCGGCGGGACGCGGAUCCGCUCGUUCCUGCGGCGGCGCUGCCCGGCCGUGCGGGAGCCGUUCCGACCCACCGCCUGGUGCCGGGGCGGGCGGCUGCAGACCGUGAGCAGAGCGCUGCUGCAAAGCCGGCCCCGCGUCCGGUACCGCAGCGAGGCCAUCCGCACGCCCGACGGCGGGCAGCUCAUCCUGGACUGGGCCGAUGACGGCAGCGCCGCCGAAUGUCCCACGGUUCUGUUGCUGCCGGGGCUGACGGGGAACAGCCAGGCCGCCUACAUGCUGCACCUGGUGCGGGAGGCGUGCGGAGCCGGCUACAGGGCCGUCGUGCUCAACAACCGGGGCUGCCGCGGCGAGGAGCUGCUGACCCCCAGGACAUUCUGUGCCAGCAACACCGAGGACCUGGAGACGGCCAUCACGCACAUCUGCUCCCAGUACCCGCACGCCCCGCUGCUGGCUGCCGGCGUAUCACUGGGAGGGAUGCAGGUGCUGAACUACCUGGCACGGGCAGGACACGCGGCGGGGCUGGUGGCUGCCAUGGCCAUUUCCCCGAGCUGGGACCCCAUGGAGACGACGGCGUCGCUGGAGCAGCCGCUCAAUACGUGGCUCUUUAACCGCCGCCUGGCUGCGGGGCUGCGGCAGCUCGUCCGCAGGCACCGUGCCGUGAUCGGGGACACGGUGGACGUGGAGCACAUCCUGAAGGCUCGCACCAUCCGGGAGUUCGAUGAGCGUUACACCGCUCCUGCCUUCGGGUACAGCUCCUGCACGGAGUAUUACCGUGCCGCCAGCCCUGCCAGCAGCCUGCAGAACAUCCGUGUGCCCACGCUGUGCCUCAACGCCGCCGAUGACCCCUUCUCCCCCAUGCACGCCAUCCCCGUGGCGGCCGCCUGGCACCUGCCCCACGUAGCACUGCUGGUGACGUCGUGUGGAGGCCACAUCGGGUUCCUGGAGGGGCUGCUGCCGUGGCACGGUGGUCUCAUGGAGCGCCUCUUCCUGCAGUUUGUCACUGCCGUGUUCCAGCACGGGGAGGAGCUGCAGGGGCUGCAGGAUGAGGGGGCUGUGGAGGAGGUCAGCGCCUGCUGCCCCCCUUGAACCCCCUCCAAGUCCCAAUAAACCCGUUCCCGUCCUCACUGA